AUGUACCCGAACACAUCAACACGGUUACUGGUAACUAACUUUUCCACAUUGUGCGCAGAUUUCGACGAAAUAUUUGCUGUCAAAUGCCUCAAGGAAUCUGUUGCUGAGCGCAUCCAACACUGUAUCACACAAAGUGGCGGUAGAGCGGCUAAUUUGUGUAAACAAUCCAGCCUACCAGGGCUGCAGACGCGGCUUCUUGAAGAGUGGUUGAGUAAAGAGGAUUGGAAGGGUCUGAAAAGCAGUUUCCGUGAAGUAUUCUUCGCCUCACAUAAGUCCUCAGCUGUACCUUCUCAUGAUAACUCACCCACCGACAACUUGGAGAUGGGUGAGGUGAACGUACUGUCUUUUGGGGAAGACAUCACUAUGGAGAUAGCGGAUGAGGAGGUGAGCUCCUGUUUCCCUACUCAUCUUAGAGCUUUGAAAGUUCUAGAAGAUGUUCUGAAGGACGCCUCAAGAAAAAAUAGUGCUUCAAAUUAUGACGAGGCAUUACCCACUACCAAAGAUUCUUCAUUGCUGUCAGGUUCAGAUCCCGUUCGUAGGUGGGGUAACAUGAGGAAAUAUGACAGCGCCACCCUUCUUAGCAGCGUUAGCAUAUUGAUGGAUCAGUGUCCAGAGGUGGUGUUGCAGUUAAAUAAGUGGCCUAGAUUCAUUCGUGUCCUUAUUGCAGCGGCACAAGAUAGCCCUAAGGAGGGUUUAAAGGUCACCCUGCAUUACUUUCGCCUGACAGGAGCGCGGCAACGUGGAGCGCUUCUUUUGCAACUGCUUUCUGACAUCUCACGAAAUGUGCAGCGGCCUAAGGAGCAGCUGAAGGCAUCCUCACGGUUGAAUUUCUUUCUCUCUUGCAUUCUGAGCUGCAUCGAGGAGCUUCCUGAAAAUUGGCUUGGACUGCUGGAUGACGAGGUGGGAGAACUUUUUUCGUUGUUCCUAAACAACGCAGCGCUUCCUCACAUGGAAUAUUUUUUUCACAUGGACUCUGGUGCGCUUUGGGUGCGAAAUUGGAGCCGUAGGCCCACGUUUGAACGUCUAGUGAGGCAUCAGCUUCUGAGUCCUAGAGGCUGUCAUGCGGCUCUAGCUCUGUUGCAGGGCUCAUUCCCAAAUCAGUACGCUCUUUCUUUAGUUGCUUACUUUUUACCAAUAUUGUUGCCUUCGUCGUAUGGUGUCGACGGUAGAACACUUCGUACUACUGAGCAUGAGAAUUGUUUCGAAGAUUUAAGCGCGUUGUUGAACGCAUUUAUCAGAAGCAUCAUUGAAGUACCAUUUUCCCCAGCUUCUGUCCAGUUGCUCUAUAAGUUCGCCGUUAGCUCUUGUGCGCACAGUCUGUCGCUGACUGAGCUUUGGGACUAUAUUCAAUCGAUUGUGUCGAUUAUUCAGUCACUGCUUUCUGACGAUAAGGUGAAUCGACGAGGGUCCACUGAAAAUAGGGUAUGUUGGCUUCUUUCACUCGUAGAGUGUUUUUUGCAUUCUGUAGGAGACGUCAAACUAUGCGCGGAUGUAGCCCGCAAACACCUUGUCAGGUUGAUAGGUGGAAUGAAGAGAAUAGACUCCCACACCGUCUCUGCUGCUGUGGGGUCUUUUUGGCACUCUGUUCUUGACAGGUACUGGAGGUAUGUUGUAGACCAUGUUCUUUCUGCACUUUCCAUUAAUCAAAAUGUAGUAUGUUUUCCUGUAUUCACGAUAGGUCACUUAGUUUCCAUCUCACGCGACUUGGAUGGAUGGCUUCAGAUCCGCGAAUACUUCACGCAACAUGCGGAUGCUGUAAGCUGUGUGGAUGGGGGUGUGCUCUUACGCCACAUUCUUGGGUUAUCUUCUGCUGAGGGAGAAGCAAAGCUGCCACUUCAAUUAGACGCGAGCAUAUUUGCGCUUCUCUCACGAUGGUCAACGCAUUCUACUACUCAGCAGGAGCUCCUGAACGCGGCUAGGAGGUGUUGUGAAAACUACUUUGGAUCUCCACGGAAUGAGGACCCCUUAAGCUUUUUUUUUUUGCCACCAGGUGGCCUCGAGGUACCAUCAGGUUUUCAAUACAAGGGAAGUCCCCUAGAAAAGAGUAUAUGCAAGAGCUCCGAGUGUUUGCUGGCCUUUUUCCAUUUGAGGGUGUUUUUGUUCUUGAAUCUUAUUUCCCUUGACUGGAAAAAUACUACUCAUGAACAAUGCAGCGACACUACGGAUCUCACACUACCUUUUUUCGUGGAUACGUGUUUGAACGCAUUCCUGGUUUCUUUUACGACUUCUAACAACACGGUGUACACGGACGACACACGCCUAUACUUGCUUUGCCUGGUUUCGCUUGCAUUGAUAUUUUCCUCCCAAAGUGAGGAGGCCUUGUGGCACGGUGGGUCUCCUGCUUUCCAAGGAAUGUCCCAGUUAUGCGAUGUGUUCCAGCAGCGCACCGGUGUUGACCCGCUUUUUCUUGUAGGCCGAUUCCUUGCUUUUGGCAAGGGUCGCAAACUCUUACUUUCUAUCUUCUUAUACGGCUUCAAAGCGGACCUAUCAACAGACACUAUGCAUCAUUUUCACUCUUUUGGGGACAGGGGGGCUUUGCCUAGUCAGUCGCGACACCUUCAUCAGGUGGCAGUGGGUGCUGACUACGCGCGUUUAAUUAUUGAAAAAGCAUUUCCCCAGGAGGCUAGCGGUAUCUUGGAAAAAGGAACCUUAGUUGAGUUUAUAUCUUUGUGGGUGCAGGCCUGCGGUGCAGUGGAUAAGAUGCCUAGUCCCGAUCACGUUGCUCUUUUACUCAGUAAGCGCAGUUUUACAGAGUGGCUUCGUUUUGUGGACAAACAGGAGCGCGCAGCCUGUGUCGCUCGAGCAGUGAUGGCCUAUGAUAGUUGCAAGACAUAUCGUUUUUUGAAAUCUGCGGGUGUAGAUCUGCUCCAUCUGUCAACCCUCUGCGUCACACAUUGGAUGGGUUCAUCCCGGAGUAUCAACAAAUCAAAAAGUCGAAAUCGUUUUAAAUAUUCUGUGAAAUUAUUUGUUGAUAACGGAGUUCAGCACUGGGAUGAUUUUGUCGCAACCUGCCUCAUCACACACAUUGGCUCAGUGACGCAGGAGGGGACAGAUCUAGCACAGAGGAAAUGGGAGAUUCCCUAUAGUAGCUUGAUACCACUACCCUCAUUGUUUUUUGCUGAGUUGCUCAUAAGACCCUUCACAUCACCUCAUUAA